AUGAAUGAAUAUGUAAAGUAUACAACUAGCUUUUAUGUUUUUGACCUAUAUAAAUAUAAUACAAGUGCGGAAUUUUUAAAAAGUUUACAAUUAAUAACUUAUGAAGAUAUAAUAAUUAUAAGUUUACAAAAUAUUUCUGACAAGAACAUGAAAGAGACAUAUGAAAAUAUUAUUGACAAACAGUGUAACCCCAAUAAAGCAUAUGUAUUUCUACAUUUAAAUUAUAAAUUUGAAAAUGAUUUAUUUGUUCUUAUGAUAAAGAAAGGACUACAUAAUAAUAUUAAGGAUGUAUAUUAUAAAGUCAUACAGAUACCUACUAAAAAUAUUUUUGGGAAAAUAUAUAAGAAAGUAAUUAAAUAUUACUUUAUAGAUUACAUACAAAAAAUUAUAAACACAAAUAAUAAUUUUAUAUACAACAAAUAUAAUAACACAACAGACAGUAAUAAUAAUAAUAAUAAUAAGAAUAAGAAUAAUGAUGAUGAUGAUGAUGAUGAUGAUAAUGGGGAGAGUUAUUAUAUAAAUGAGGAAAAGAAAAAGGACUUCAAUGUAAUCAUUCGUAAUGAUAUGUUGUUAUAUGAAAUGAAUCAUAAGAAAUAUUUCAACUAUAUAAAUAAAUACUUUCAACAUGCAAACGAUAUAAACGAAAAAAAUGAAAGAGUAGAUACCAUGUUGAAUCAUUUUUUGCCUCAUCAAUAUAAGAUUGACCAGUAUAUGAUUUUAAAAAAAAAGAGUAAUUUAAAUUAUGAAAAGAAAAAGAGAAAAAUAAUAAUGAGCAAUAAAUAUUGUUAUGAUAACACAUAUAAUAAUAAUUCUGGUAGUUAUCAUUAUAAUAGCGACUCAAUUCUUCUAAGAAAUAAAAAGGAGAUAUAUAAUAUUAAUCGUAAUAUAUGUAAUAUGAAGAAUAAAGAAGAAAUAUAUACACAUAAUAAUAUUAAUAAUAAUAAUAUUAAUUAUAUAUCAUUUAAUAAAAAAAAAUAUGAUCGUAAUAUUUUACACUGCUUAACCCUCAUGAUUAAUAAUAUUCGCUUUUGUAUUUGUUUUUCUAACUUUGAUAUUUACAAAUAUAUUCAAUCAAAAAAUUAUUAUCAAUAUAUAUUUUAUAAAGAAAGAAUAAAAAAAUUUUAUAACGAUAAAGAAAACAGUCCCUUUUAUAUUAAUUAUAUGAAUUACUAUUUAAACAUGUACACCACAUUUUGUAAACAAUUAUAUAACCAUUUUAUAAAUAAAAUAAUUUUUGAGACAAAAAAAGAAGAUAUGUAUUUAUUUAAUAUGGAUAUAAUUAUAUUCAUUGGAUUUGAUAAAUUAGUGUUAUGUAAUAUAAAUGAAAAUAUAGAAUCAGAAAAAAACAAACAUAUAUAUAUUAAUAUGAAAAAAAAACAAAAUGAAUAUUUAUCUAAUAAUUCUAUUUUUUUUGAUAAAAAUAUUAUAAUCUUUAAUAAAAAUACACACCAUUUUCUAAUACAAAAAUAUUAUAAAACAUUAAUUAACAAAAAUAAAUUAAACCAUAUACUACCUAUAGGAUUCAAAUCGGUAUGUGAUUUAUAUACAUUAAUUAAGAUAAAUAUUAUCGAUGACUUUUUUUUAUAUCAUACAUAUAAUAAACAUGAACAACAGUAUUCCUUAAUAAAUCAUCUAAAAACAAAAAUUAAAAAAAAUAAAAAAAAAAAUAUUACCAUAAGUGUAGAACCAAAUAUUAUAAAUCUAAACGUUAUCAAUACUUAUGAAAUUUAUCAUACCUCAUUUGAAAUAUGUUAUGAUUAUAAAGAGAUAGAAGAAAAUAACAUAUAUACAUAUGAAAAGUCUCAUCAUCAUCAUAAUAAUAAAAAAAAACUUUGUCAACUCACAUCCUCUCCAUUUUUGGUUAAUAAUAAUAAUAAUAAUACAAAAUUAUGUGAUAAAAAAUAUUAUGAAGAACAAAAGGAUGAACGUUAUUCGUCAGACAGAAAUGAUGAUGCUUGUUGUGUUAUCAUCAGUGGACAUAAAAAGGAUAAAAAAAUUGAUGAAAUGAAAAAUAAAAAUAUUGAUGAAAUGAAAAAUAAAAAUAUUGAUGAAAUGAAAAAUAAAAAUAUUGAUGAAAUGAAAAAUAAAAAUAUUGGUCAAAGGAAAAAUAAAAAUAUUGAUCAAAUGAAAAAUAAAAAUAUUGAUCAAAUGAAAAAUAAAAAUAUUGAUCAAAUGAAAAAUAAAAAUAUUGGUCAAAUGAAAAAUAAAAAUAUUGGUCAAAUGAAAAAUAAAAAUACCCUUGAAAGGAAGUAUCAAAAUAUUCGUGUGCCAUAUAAUAAUUACAAACAAAUAAAUGAUCCUAUAGGGGAUCAUAUAAAUGAUAGAAAUGAUAAUACUAUGCAAAAGAAUAAAAAUAAUUUAACAAAUAUGUCAUCUAAUAAUAUGACAAAAGAAAGGAAAAAACACAACUACCUAUUCCAUCUUCUACAUAUGAAUUCUAGAAAAAAAAGAAAACAAAAAAAAAAACAAAAAAAAAAAAUAUGUGAGAUAAAUACAUUAGAGAGAAAAGAAGAAAUACAAAAUGAUUUUAAGAACCAACAUAUAUAUCAUAUACAAAAAAAUUGUAAUUGUAAUGAUUCAACACAUCUGAAUUAUAUCAGUGAUGAUUAUAAUAAAAGGGAAUCUUAUAGAGAAACAUAUAAACAUAAUAAUAUACAUGAACAAAUAAAUAAAGAAAAUAUUUCAAAAGAUGAUAUAUAUAUUAAUAAAAAAAGUACAGAUAUAAAUAAUGAUGAUGAUUUAUAUUUCUCAGUAUUAUGUUUUGAUGCACAGACAAAAUCAACUAUUCCAAUUAAUUUAUAUUCUUUUCUUCACUUGAAAAAAAAUACUAUCUUUAAAUAUUUAGAAGAAAAUAUACGUUUUAAGGAACAAACGCAAAAUAUAAAUGAUAAUAACAAUAAUAUAUUAAUAAAUCAUAAUGAUAAUAUGAAAAGUAUAGAAAAUAUUAAUAAUAUGAAAAAAAGGAGAAAGAAAAAAAUACACAAUAAUGAAAAUACAUAUACAUUUGCUACGGCAAGAUAUAUUUAUAUGCAACCAUAUACAGGUAUUAUAAAAAAGAAUACAAGAAAAAAAAUAGAAUUAAAUAUUUUUAUUGAACACAUUUUAAAAUCACAGAGAAUUAAAGAUUCAUUUGUUUUAAUUAUUAGAAUACAUAAUUUUGAUAAGGAUAUUUUUUUAACAAUAAAAUGUCAUAUACAAAAUAAUAUAAUUACUUCUCUUAUACAUGAUAAUUUGAGUCUUUUAAAAAAAAAAAAAAAAUACAUGCAAAAUGGGAAUACACAUGCAGGGGUGAUCUAUUCCUCCGAUUGUGAUAAUAUUAAAAAUAAGAAAACUAUAAAAAGGAAAUACAAAAUAAAGAAAAAUAAAAUGAAUUAUACCUUUCAUCAUAUGACGAAUAUGAGUUUAUUAAGAUAUACAUGUAAUAAAAAAAUAAGAAGAAGCAUAAAAAAUCAAACAGAAAAUAAAGUGGACAAUAAUAUUAUGCUACAUAAAAUGGAUAUAACAAAUAAUAUAUCAUAUAAUAAUAAUAAGGAAAUACCAUGUGAAAUACAAAAUCGCCUUUUAAAAAAUGAUUCUAAUUCUUUAUUAAAAAAUAUAAUUAAUAAUAAGAAUAUGUUUAAAUAUAAUAUUAAAAAGAAAAAGAGAGGUACUUAUUUUUUAUCGCGAAAUUUUAUAAAAUUUUUAUUUUUCUUAUUCUUUCAUAUAAAUAAACAACAAGAAAUAUUAUUUACUAGUACAACAAAUGAGGAAAAAAUUGAAGACCUUUUGUAUUUCUUUAACUUGAGUAAUAUGAAUUAUUAUCAUUUAUUAUAUUCAUUUCAUUAUAUAUUUCAAAUCUCCAAUGAAAAUAUUGACAUGUGUACCUAUAACUACAACUGCAAAAAGAGGUUCUUUGAUAUGGUUCAAAGGAAUAUAAGAAAGAACAGAAAUGAUGCUAUUUAUAAUGAAUAUGAUGAAAGGAGUGAUAAAAUAAAUGACAUUCAAAUGAAGAAGUACUUCUUCAACAACAACAACAAUAAUAAUGAUAAUAAUAAUAAUUACUAUUAUAAUAACUGUUGCAUUGAUAAUUCCUUCUUUAUUCAUGAUAAACAAAGAGAUAUCAAACAUCUAGAUAACGAUUCCAAUGUGAUAUAUAAUAUUACUUAUUUAAUAAGAAAGAUUGAAAAAAAUAAAAAAAUCGAAAACGAUAUAUCCAUAAUAUCCUUAUUAUUAUUAUGUGAACAAUUUUUUUAUAUUAUAAAUACAAAUAUAAUAACAUCACAAUAUCUUAGUUAUAUAAAAAAUAUUUAUAAUAAUAUGAAUAUAAAAAAAAAGAAAAAAAUGUAUUUCAUCUUUUUAAUCUUAUUAAGAAAUUCUUUCACAUGUAUAUAUUAUAAAAAUAUCUUUCUGGUAUUUAUAUCAUUUAUAAAGAAAUUAUUUAUUUAUUUCUUACAAUUAAAUAUUCAACAUUUUUAUGUAACCGUUAUGAGACAGAAUGAUAUUAUUAAAAAUAAAAAUAUGAAAAAGAUAAAUAAGACAAAGGAAAGAAAUAAAUAUAAUCAUAAUAUAAAUAAUGAUAACAAAACAGUUGAUAAUAAUAAAAAUGAUGAUAAUAUAUAUAUCAACACAUUUAAGGAGCACAAUUAUCAACAACAUACAAAAAAUAAUAAAUUAAAAUAUUAUUUCGAUUUAUUUCUUAAUUCUUUUAAUUUUUUUCAUAAUGCUUUUAUAAUUUAUAUUUCAUCAUUCAUAUUUAGUUUUCUUGAUAUACAAAUAGCGAUUGAUUUAACUCAUUACAUUCUUUUCUAUUUAUAA